AUGGGUUCCCUGGGCAAGGUGCUGGUCCUCCUGGCACAGUUUUGGGGCCUGCAAGGAGCCACAGGCCUGAGUGUGCAGCAGGCACCCAAGUUGCUGCAGGUGAGGCAGGACAGCCAGGUGACCUUGGCCUGCCAGGUGGUGCAGGCCCAGGCCUGGGAGCAGCUACACAUCGAAUGGACCAAGGAUGGUGACACCUUGUGCCAGACACGCAUCAUCAACGGCAGUCUCACCGUGGGUGUCUGCAGGCCUUGGGGACGGCUCUCCUGGCAGCCGCCUGGCAAUCUCACCCUGCAGCUGGACCACGUGAGCCUCAAUGACAGUGGGCUGUACGUGUGCUGUGCGACCGUGGAGAUCCCUGAUUUGGAGGAGGCCCAGGGCAGUGGGACACAGCUCCUGCUGGAGAGAGAUGGCUGGCUACUGAACCGGAGCUUCUCAGGGCUCUCCUUCGCACUGCUGGUGACUGGAGCGGUGGCCGUGGCCGCUUUCGCUCUGGGAGCCUGGAUCUGGGGCCGCCGCCGCUGCCGGAACAGAGACGCAGGGAAUCCACUCUACAUCAAUGCCUUAUAUCAGCCCCGGAGGGGGAAGAUGCUGGACAUCUCCAGCAAGAAUCAGAAGGGCCAAAGCUUCUAUUCGAUCUCUUUCCCCUGGCCCCCCACCCCCAAGCGGCCUCUGGCUCCCAAAUCUUCCUCCAGCCCCAGGCCCAGUCAUCCCAUCUCUGCAGUUGGAGUCCCUCCUGGCCCAGGCCAAGAGGAUUCUUUGAAGUGAGAAGACGAAUCAGAACCCCCAGAGACCAACAGAGGACACCCCCCCAGCAGCCAUGUAAAGAUGUGACUUAUUCCAAGAGGAUCACGAAGUCCAGCAGUUCAUCCUGAGACACGCCCCCUCCUCAUUUCUAUGAGGCUGGAUUUCUCCC